AUGCAUAAAACAGAGAGUAGAGUGUUAGCUACCUGGGGCUUCGGGGGAGAUUACCAAUCAAAAGUGUGUGCAGGGACAGAGAACAAGCUGAGCUCUCUCUCUGACCUGGAGCAGCAGUAUCGAGCCUUGCGCAAAUACUAUGAGAACUGUGAGGUGGUCAUGGGCAACCUGGAGAUAACCAGCAUCGAGCACAACCGGGACCUCUCCUUUCUGCGGUCUAUUCGAGAAGUUACAGGCUACGUGUUAGUGGCUCUUAAUCAGUUUCGCUACCUGCCUCUGGAGAAUUUACGCAUUAUCCGUGGAACAAAACUUUAUGAGGAUCGGUAUGCCUUGGCAGUAUUUUUAAACUACAGAAAAGAUGGGAACUUUGGACUUCAAGAACUUGGACUAAAGAACUUGACAGAAAUCCUUAAUGGUGGAGUCUAUGUAGACCAGAACAAAUUUCUUUGUUACACAGACACAAUUCAUUGGCAAGAUAUUGUUCGGAAUCCGUGGCCUUCCAACUUGACUCUCGUGUCAACAAACGGUAGCUCAGGAUGUGGACGUUGCCAUAAGUCCUGUACUGGCCGAUGCUGGGGACCCACAGAAAAUCAUUGCCAGACCUUGACAAGGACGGUGUGUGCAGAACAGUGUGACGGCAGGUGCUAUGGACCCUACGUCAGUGACUGCUGUCAUAGAGAAUGUGCUGGAGGUUGCUCAGGACCAAAAGACACCGACUGCUUUGCCUGCAUGAAUUUCAAUGACAGUGGAGCGUGUGUUACUCAAUGUCCCCAAACUUUUGUCUACAAUCCAACCACCUUUCAGCUGGAACAUAACUUCAAUGCAAAGUAUACAUAUGGAGCAUUUUGUGUCAAGAAAUGCCCACAUAACUUUGUGGUGGAUUCCAGUUCUUGUGUGCGUGCCUGCCCUAGUUCCAAGAUGGAAGUAGAAGAAAAUGGGAUUAAAAUGUGUAAACCUUGCACUGAUAUUUGCCCAAAAGCUUGUGAUGGCAUUGGCACAGGAUCACUGAUGUCAGCUCAGACCGUGGAUUCCAGUAACAUUGACAAAUUCAUAAACUGCACCAAAAUCAAUGGGAAUUUGAUCUUCCUUGUCACUGGUAUUCAUGGGGACCCUUACAAUGCAAUUGAAGCCAUAGACCCAGAGAAACUGAAUGUCUUUCGGACCGUUCGAGAGAUAACAGGUUUCUUGAACAUACAGUCAUGGCCUCCAAACAUGACUGACUUCAGUGUUUUUUCUAACCUGGUGACCAUUGGUGGAAGAGUACUCUACAGUGGCCUCUCCUUGCUUAUCCUCAAACAACAGGGCAUCACUUCUCUACAAUUCCAGUCCCUGAAGGAAAUCAGUGCAGGAAACAUCUAUAUUACUGACAACAGCAACCUAUGUUAUUAUCAUACCAUUAAUUGGACAACACUCUUCAGCACUAUCAACCAAAGAAUAGUGAUCCGGGACAACAGAAAAGCUGAAAACUGUACUGCUGCAGGAAUGGUGUGCAACCAUCUGUGUUCAAGUGAUGGCUGCUGGGGACCUGGCCCAGACCAAUGCUUGUCCUGCCGUCGCUUCAGCAGAGGAAGGAGCUGCAUAGAGUCUUGUAACCUCUAUGAUGGUGAAUUUCGAGAGUUUGAGAAUGGCUCCAUCUGUGUGGAGUGUGACCCCCAGUGCGAGAAGAUGGAAGACGGCAUCCUCACAUGCCAUGGACCGGGACCUGAUAACUGCACAAAGUGUUCCCAUUUUAAGGAUGGCCCGAACUGUGUGGAAAAAUGUCCAGAUGGCUUGCAGGGGGCAAACAGUUUCAUUUUCAAGUAUGCUGAUCAGGAUCGAGAGUGCCAUCCAUGCCAUCCAAACUGCACCCAAGGGUGCAUAGGCUCACGUAUUGAAGACUGCAUCGGCCUGAUGGAUAGGUGUAGCGGCCCCACUAGUCAUGACUGCAUUUACUAUCCUUGGACGGGCCAUUCCACUUUACCACAACAUGCUAGAACUCCUCUAAUUGCAGCUGGAGUCAUCGGCGGGCUCUUCAUCCUGGUCAUCGUGGGUCUAACAUUUGCAGUUUAUGUUAGAAGGAAGAGUAUCAAAAAGAAAAGAGCCCUGAGAAGAUUUCUGGAAACAGAGUUGGUAGAACCCUUAACUCCCAGCGGCACAGCACCCAAUCAAGCUCAACUGCGUAUUUUAAAAGAAACUGAGCUCAAAAGAGUGAAAGUACUUGGCUCGGGAGCUUUUGGAACAGUGUAUAAAGGUAUUUGGGUACCUGAAGGAGAAACAGUAAAGAUUCCUGUGGCUAUUAAGAUUCUUAAUGAAACAACUGGUCCCAAAGCCAAUGUGGAAUUCAUGGAUGAAGCUUUGAUCAUGGCAAGUAUGGACCAUCCACACUUAGUCCGGUUAUUGGGUGUGUGUCUGAGCCCAACCAUUCAACUGGUUACACAGCUUAUGCCCCAUGGCUGCCUGUUGGAUUAUGUCCAUGAACAUAAGGAUAACAUUGGAUCCCAGCUACUGCUUAACUGGUGUGUCCAAAUAGCUAAGGGAAUGAUGUACCUGGAGGAAAGACGGCUUGUUCAUCGGGAUUUGGCAGCCCGAAAUGUCUUAGUGAAAUCUCCAAACCAUGUGAAAAUCACAGAUUUUGGACUAGCUAGGCUCUUAGAAGGAGAUGAAAAAGAGUAUAAUGCUGAUGGAGGAAAGGUGGGAGUUACCAUAUGGGAACUGAUGACCUUUGGAGGAAAACCCUAUGAUGGAAUUCCAACCAGAGAAAUCCCGGAUUUAUUAGAGAAAGGAGAACGUUUGCCCCAGCCUCCUAUCUGCACUAUUGACGUUUACAUGGUCAUGGUCAAAUGCUGGAUGAUUGAUGCAGACAGUAGACCUAAAUUUAAGGAACUGGCUGCUGAAUUUUCGAGGAUGGCUCGAGACCCUCAAAGAUAUCUAGUUAUUCAGGGUGAUGAUCGCAUGAAGCUUCCCAGUCCAAAUGACAGCAAGUUCUUUCAGAAUCUCUUGGAUGAAGAGGACCUGGAAGAUAUGAUGGAUGCUGAGGAAUACCUGGUCCCUCAGGCUUUCAACAUCCCACCUCCCAUCUAUACUUCCAGAGCAAGAAUUGACUCAAAUAGGAGUGAAAUUGGACACAGCCCUCCUCCUGCCUACACCCCCAUGUCAGGAAACCAGUUUGUAUACCGAGACGGGGGGUUUGCUGCAGAGCAAGGAGUGCCUGUGCCGUACAGAGCCACGACCAGCACAAUCCCAGAAGCUCCAGUUGCUCAGGGGGCUACAGCCGAGAUUUUUGAUGACUCCUGCUGCAACGGCACCCUACGCAAGCCAGUGGCACCCCAUGUUCCAGAGGAUAGCAGCACCCAGAGGUACAGCGCUGACCCCACGGUGUUUGCCCCAGAACGGAGCCCACGAGGAGAGCUGGAUGAAGAAGGUUACAUGACUCCUAUGCGAGAUAAACCUAAACAAGAAUACCUGAACCCUGUGGAAGAAAACCCUUUUGUUUCUCGGAGAAAAAAUGGAGACCUUCAAGCUUUGGAUAAUCCCGAAUAUCACAAUGCUUCCAACGGUCCUCCCAAGGCAGAGGAUGAGUAUGUGAAUGAGCCACUGUACCUCAACACCUUUGCCAACGCGUUGGGGAAUGCCGGGUACCUGAAGAACAAUGUACUGUCUGUGCCAGAGAAGGCCAAGAAAGCAUUCGACAACCCCGACUACUGGAACCACAGCCUGCCACCCCGGAGCACCCUUCAGCACCCAGACUACCUGCAGGAGUACAGCACAAAAUAUUUUUAUAAACAAAAUGGACGGAUCCGGCCUAUUGUGGCAGAGAAUCCUGAAUACCUCUCUGAGUUCUCGCUGAAGCCAGGCACCGUGCUGCCUCCUCCACCCUACAGACACCGAAACACUGUGGUGUAA